UAUCUGCUGUGAAUGCUGUAUGCGUAUAUUCCUUCACCCCGGUGCGGUGCGGUGUGGUGGGGGAAGCGGGGGCUCACAUUGGAACUGGCAUUUCCGUUUAAAAUCAAUUUGUUUAGUGGUAGUCUGAAGGCUUUUUCCUGGUGGCAUUGGGUAGCGGUGAUCGUGCAGCAGACAGAGUCGCUGGCUAUGAUUACACUGGUGGUGAACCGCACAGUUGUUCAAUGACUAGCAGUACAAACUAUAAGCUGCACUGUACGAUAAAUAGAUGGAGAGACUUGCGGUAGAGAUUUCACAAUAUUCCUUGAUCACUAGUUGAUACCGCUCAUCUGUGAUCCAUUACAUCUACUGAUCUUCUAUUUAUUUCAAUGGCUUGCAUUUUGACGACAAGAGGUUUUCUUUCACGUAUCAAACUUUUGCUAAUUAUUAUUAGUUUUGGCUCUCUUGUCAUUUGGAUGAUAAUGGGUAAUGCACAAAAUCUUGUACCGGAAGUCAGCCGUCAAUCUGUGAUAAAUACCUUUUGGAAGAUGACAAAACUGGAUCAAGAAAGGAUGACAUCAAUGAUAACUCCAAACAUAACUCCGUCUCUAAAUUAUCUGCCAUUGUGCCCACUAUUAACACCAUACUUGCGUGGUUCAACCAAGUUAAUAUUUGAUCCACGACUCACCUUGGAACGAACUCAGAAGAAGAACCCUAAAGUACAGAGAGGGAUGUUUGCCCCUCAAGAGUGCCAUUCACCUCAACGUGUGGCCAUACUGAUUCCGUUUCGGAAUCGGGAAAAACAUCUCCUGUAUUUACUGGAGCAUUUGCACCCAUUUCUGCAGCGACAGCUUCGAGAUUAUGGGAUAUACAUCAUCAAUCAGGCUGGUAAUGAUGUGUUUAAUCGAGCCAAGCUAUUGAACGUGGGUUUCCUGGAAGCGUUGAAGGAACGCAAGUGGGAUUGUUUCAUCUUUCAUGAUGUUGAUCUUAUACCAGAGAAUGACUUCAAUCUGUACAUCUGUGACCAGGAGCCAAAGCACUUUGUUGUGGGUCGGAAUUCUACUGGAUAUAGGUUACGCUACAGGGCAUAUUUUGGUGGAGUGACAGCAAUGUCCAGGGAGCAAUUCUUAAAAGUCAAUGGGUUCUCAAACCGUUACUGGGGCUGGGGAGGAGAGGACGACGAUCUUUGGAGCAGAGCUCAGCUGCAAAAAAUGAAACUGGUGAGGCCAGCCCCUGAAGUUGCCAGAUACACGAUGACUUUCCACACAAGGGACAAAGGAAAUGAAGUAAAUCGUAAUAGGAUGAAGCUUCUAAGAGAAGUCUCUAAAACCUGGAAGACUGAUGGUUUGAACACGUGCUCCUACAAUACGAUAUCACAAGAUCAUAGGCCUUUGUACAUUAACAUCACAGUGGACAUAGGUGGACCCCGUCGCAAACCGGAAAUGACCAAACGGAGUGAACCUAAUCUUGUUGGUGGCGUUUAGAUUAUUGGCUCUUCUUCAGCCAUUGUACUGAUUCUCCUUUUGAGCUAAAUGAUCAGAUCUUUGAGUUGCUAUACCUGCAAUAACUCCUAUAAGUGACGUUUUGUAUGUUGCCAGCGAAUCAACCCAUCUGAGGUGUGUGUAUACAAUGAGUUUUUUAAACUCAAAGCAGUGAACCUGCUGGAUAAUAUAGUUGGGCUAACACAGCAAAUAGAUAUUGCUCAAGUACUACAUUAGAUCAUAUUUAAUCAGAGUUUAGUGAAGUUCUAGGUUGAAACCUUCAAAUUUCUACCGAAUGGUGCUUCAAGAUGGAGACUCGCCAGCACCGCUUUGGUUAGACAACAAAUGCGAUGCCUAUAGCCCAAGUAUGAAUAAUGCAUGUUUUUGUUUUAAUUUGUCAGGCACUUGCAGAGAGGUUUUGGAUGUGAUGUGGUAUCAUAUUUCCUUUUGCGAAAACCUGUCAGCUCUUUGCUACACAAUUGGCAAAUCUCCAUGUAACUUGAACUCUCCAACAUCACCUCUUUCCAAAGCAACAGAUCAUGGAAAAGGCCUGCACACUAGUUAGUGGUCAUGUACUUCUGUUGUGAAGAAAUCAAAGCCACUUCAACUUGUGCAUGCGUAUCAAUCUGAUUACAUAUUUAAAUGAUACAAAAUCGAACUACAUGCAACUUUCAGAAAAACACACCUAAUGCCCACUUUUUUGUUUUCUUUUUUCAUUCUGUUUAUAUACACAAAAUUUGGCAUAAGGACUUCUACGCCUUAUGUAUGAGUGAGCACAUUGACUUGUUUGGGUCAAUCUUAAAUUGGUAGGAAGCAAGUGAAAUUUGCAUAAUGUAGGCUUUUAUAUAGAUUGGGGAAAAGUGAAUUUAAGUUUUCUCUGCAAAAAUAUUCCUCUUGCAUUUUCCUGGAAUGAAAUGUGAAGAGUUCAUUGUCCUGCUGACAUGAAAUUGGUACAGUGAGAUAAGUAACAGAAAGAUAGAGCAACUAUCUGAACCUUGCAUCAUCCUUAGAAAGAGGACAGGAAGCAAGAAACUGACUGCUGUAAAUUCUAUAUUGUCCUCGUCUCUUGUAAUUGGACUGUGGGUUACGGGUCUGUACCUAUGGCUGGGUGCUUGGCUGUGUAACUGCAUUUUAGCAUUCAGUUUGACUGUUGUGGAUAAUCUCUGAUGUCUGCCACAGAUCAUUUGCAUUUACCAACUAAUAAGAGAGCUAGUUUUCUGUACCUUAGCUUAAAUGUGUUCUUGUAAACUUAUUCCCAAAGAAGGUAAGGGUAUAACUAGAAUACCAUCCCUUAAAAGUGCCCUAGGUCAAUAUAUUGAUCGAAGAACAAGACUUGUAUGGCACACACCACAUCUGAGUGACAUGGUUAAUUUAUACUAAAUCAGGAGCACAUGUUGGCCCCAAGGUUGCUUGGAGCUAGACUGAGCUUUCCCACUUUGUGCGAGGACAUGCGUUCCAGUGAGAAGGAUCAAAAGGUAAAUAAUAGUCUGAAUGGAGGCAGAUGCUUGACAAAGUGUUUGCCUGAUCUGAGCUUGAUCUCACUAAUGUAGAGGAGGCCAUAAAAUAUUUCAAUUCUGCUUUGCCUUUGCUGUGAAGUUGAUUCAGGUCAGAAUUCAUGCUCUUUUUAUGAGGGUUCCAGAAAAACUUGAAACAUUUCAAUAUUCAAGUACAAUUAUGCAAUGCAGAGAUUAGCAUCCAGUUGAGAUAAUGUAUUGCUUCAUUCGAAAUUAAGCAGAAACUCUGUUGCUUAUAUUUGGAUUAUGUGUUAUUUUGAAUGUGGUAAUUGGCAUAUUUUGCAGAUAUUUAAUGUCUGAGCACUUCUAUUGGUGCUGGUACAAAGUGGAUUUGUUAAUUGAUUCUACUGGCAUCACGUGAGAUGAGGUUUGUUGUAGCCGAUUGGGCAAUUUGCCUUUGAGUUCACCAUGAGCAUUUGGAGCUGGCCGAAAGUCUGAUCAGGCUUUGAGUAAUUUUGGUCUAUUCUCUGACCACCUGCUUCAGGUGUAUGUUGUUAUCAUGGCUCAGAUUUUUUUACUCCAGUCUGUAGUUCCUAUAUUACAGUGGGGAUGAAGGAUGAUUUAGAAAAAUAGAUAUGACCCCUGCAGAAUUUGUAAAUCACUGCCCAGUACUUGGGAUGCAGAAUAAAAUUCACACUUGUUGAAUUUAUUUUGGGGUGGGGAAAAGUAAAUGCCAGUAAGGGAAACACUGGCACAAUGGUAGAGUUGCUGCCUUAUAGUGCCAGUGACCUGGGAUCGAUCCUGACUACGGAUUCUGUUUGGAUGGCCUCCCUGUGACAGCAUGGGCUUUCUCCAAGUGCUCCGAUUUCCUCCCUCACUCGAAAGACAUGCAAGUUUGUAGGUUAAUUGGCUUCUGUAAAUUGUCGCAGACCCGGUAGAUCGAAGGGCCUGUUUGUAUCUCUAAACUAAGCACUUUUCUUUUCCAACUUGCGUUUUAAUGCCUGCACAGUUGGUGGAGUAUCCACUUCAUGUCAUCUCAUCACUAUUGAAACAAAUGAUAUAGAUUUUAGAAAGUAUUUUAGAAAAUUAAAACAAUUGUACACAUCCAUGAACAGGCUGCAGAUAUUAAGUUACUUUCCAGUCAAAAUGAAAGCCUGUAGGAAGGGACUGCAGAUGCCAGUUUAAACCAAAUUUUAAACGAGACACAAAAAGCUAGAGUAACUCAGCAGGUUUGGCAGCAUCUCUGGAGAAAAGGAAUAGGUGAGGUUGUGGAUCGAGAACCUU